AUGGCGACAGCCAAGAAAGCACGUACUCACCCGCCCUACGAACUACUGUACUGGCCAGGUAUUCCUGGGCGUGGCGAGUUCAUACGACUGGCCUUUGAGGCAGCAGGUGUCUCUUACAAGGACCCCGCCAACGAGCCUGAUGGACCGGGUGCGAAAGUCGUCGCUUCCUUGACCUCGGGCGCAGAUGGCAACCCACCCGUUUUCGCCCCACCCGCGCUCAAGGUGCCUGGCGAAGGCAAGGAUGGCGCACCUCUGCUCAUCUACCAGACCCCAGCCAUCCUCUCAUAUCUCGGUGACAGGCUAGGUCUCGCUGGCGAAGAUGAGGUGGACAAGAUGACCGCCUUGUCCCACACCCUGACCGCCCUGGAUCUCAACAACGAAACUCACGACACCCACCAUCCCGUGGCCGUGGCCCAGUACUAUGAAGACCAAAAGGAUGAGGCUCUCAAAAAGGCCACAGACUUUCGCGAGAACCGCAUUCCAAAGUUCUUCUCUUUCUUCGAGCGCGUCUUGAAAGCUAAUGAGGCCCAAGGAGAGGGCAAGUUUCUUGUUGGCAGCAAACUAACCUAUGCCGAUACCACCCUCUGGCACGUCCUGAGCGGCCUCAAGUUCGCCUACCCCAAUGAGCUCAAAGUGAGAGAGAAGGACUAUCCGUUGCUGUUUGGUUCCUUUUACGAAAGCGUGGCGCAGGCCAAGGGUGUCAAGGAGUACCUAGAGAGUGAUAGAAGGCUGCCGUUUAGCAUGGGAAUCUUUAGACAUUACCCGGAGCUUGACCGGUCUUAA